AGUUGUGAUUAGCUUCUGGUUUUCGCUUGCUAGCCUUUUGCCUCUGUAGCCACCCUGGGUGGCUAGUGAGGGAGACGCUGUGAGGUUGAGAGCGUCGACCAAAUAUCUGUUGCUGGGAUUUGUCUUUUACACAUUAGCUGAGCGGACACCUUCACCGGGAACUCCCUCGGGUGUUAAUUAACGAUCAGGUGACGAUCAGGCUAACCUUCUUGAUAGGUUAGUUAGCUUGUUAGCGACACCGCCCUCUGGAGUCAACCUAGUAGCUAACGUUAGCCUAGUUACCUGCAGUUGUUGUGUCACCACCUAACCAGCUAAACUGAGCUUCUGUUGCUGCUCAUCCUCAGGCUGAUUUUUACGGACUUCAUUUCACCAUACCUUCCUCCACCUCUCACUUCAUUUGGACUUUUUUGCUUUCACGCUGAGAUCUCUUGGUACACAGAGCCAUGGCAGCUGCUAAGCCAAAGGGGCAAAACUCUCUAGCCCUUCACAAAGUGAUCAUGGUGGGCAGCGGAGGAGUGGGGAAAUCAGCCCUCACUCUCCAGUUCAUGUAUGAUGAGUUUGUUGAAGACUAUGAACCAACCAAAGCAGACAGUUAUAGAAAGAAAGUGGUGCUGGAUGGAGAGGAGGUACAGAUUGACAUCCUCGACACAGCCGGACAAGAGGACUAUGCAGCCAUCCGGGAUAACUACUUUCGCAGUGGCGAGGGUUUCCUCUGUGUAUUUUCCAUCACAGAACUGGAAUCUUUUGCAGCAACAGUAGACUUCAGAGAGCAGAUUCUGCGAGUGAAGGAGGAUGAGAAUGUGCCCUUCCUUCUGGUUGGUAACAAGUCAGACUUGGAUGACCGUCGGCAGGUAAAUGCAGACGAGGCGAAGGCGCGUGCUGAGCAGUGGGGCGUGUGCUAUGUGGAGACUUCUGCCAAAACCCGUGCCAAUGUUGACAAGGUGUUCUUUGACCUGAUGAGAGAGAUUCGGGCAAGAAAAAUGGAGGACAGCAAAGAGAAGAAUGGGAAGAAAAAGAGUAAAAGUUUGGCCAGAAGAAUUAGAGAGAGAUGCUGUAUUUUAUAGUGGUAAAAGAACAGGGUGGCUGCUUAUGUACAUAUACAUUUCUCAGACUUUUGCAUUUACUUUGUGCCCUUACCUGACCAUGGCUUUCUGUUCCUAGCUGACAGUGUGGCAGGGAGUAGUAAGGUGGCACCCCAUACACCAUUUAUAGCUCUAACCUUUGUUGUGCUGACACCCCAAAUAAUUUAUGUAUUCACUCUCUUACUCUGACCACAUUAUAGAGUGUAAUAAAUGGGUGGUGUUUUAAUUGAGGCCUAAGCUUGACAAAAGGCUAAGCCUGAAAUGCUCCGAAGGUUUUCAUUGUAAAGUUUGAUGUGUAGAAUUGUAUUCGGUUCAAGGGAAAAGAUAAAAUGAAAGUGUCAGAGCCAACAUUUGAAAGGGAAAAAAUUAACUGGAGCUCAAAACUGGAAAGUCCUAAAUAUUAUAAUUAUUCAAUAGUCUUUGGUAGAAAGUAUAAGUUAACAGACUUAGUAACCCAGAAGGCAUCUAGUGCCACAUUGCACUGGUGAAUCUCUGAAGCAUUUAGAUUGAAAGAUCAUUGUGUUGCCUAACCCAGAGCCUAAAUUUGAUGCCAUUUCCACUUGUUUUACAUUUCAGUUUUACAAUCUGUUAUGUUUUAUGGGCACUUGUAUUUAUCUGUGAAGUCAGUUUUUUCAGUUCUUCUCCUGUAUCAUAUCAACCAGUGUACAAUAAGUGCACUUUUUAUUUUAUUUCUCCUGCCAGUCAUUCAGAGUCUUGUCAAAUGCACAAACAUUGAUCUUUACCCAUAAACCUGUGAGGGAUUUUACAACACUUGAACUUUUUUCAAUACUAACAUUUCAGAAGUUUUACCUCACACUAAUGACUUUUAUUAUGGUUUUUUUUUUCCUUGAGAUGACGGAAUCCCUGGUGCUCUGAUAAAAGGUGAUUCCAUAACACUACAUCCUUUUCAUCUUGAUUAAAAUUGAUUUCUUCAGACAUGUAAAGAAUGCUUUUGCCAGUUUUACUGUUCCUGGUUCAAACUUUUCAUUCCCCUCUCUUUAAAUGUAUAGUGGGACUAAAGUGGGAAUAAAUUAACUGACAUUUUGUUUUGUGGCAUAAAAUGUCAAAAAUUUAAUAUAGGUUUGAUAGAAGUAAUGUGGUACAUUUCCAAAAAAAUGUUGCUCUCUGUUACCAAAGAAAAAUGCUAGCUAGUACAAACAAGUGCCCACUUAUUAAUUGAAGUGAAUGAUAUCUGGCAACUUUCCCCAUAAACAGUAAACACUGCAGUGUUUGCAUUAAAUCUGUUUUUGUAAAAUCCACGGAGAUGAAAGGUUGAAAGGAUGUCUGAGCAAGUUCUAAUUCUGAAUGGCCUGGGAAAGAAAUUCAAGGUUACGAGGGCUUUUCGUGUACAGUGCAUCACUGUUGCCUCUGUCCAUUGUGAAUGUGAAUAACCCCUCCAUGCUCAUCCUGUUGCUCAGCCUGUAAUCUUAGGCUGCCAAUGAUGUACAGAGUGUAAAGGGCGUUUAAUAUUCUCCUUUGUUUUACCUUUGUCACAUUCUGUGCAAGCCAAUCUACCCAGUGUAACCACGCUGUAUUAAUGUCUUAAUGAAAUAGCUGAACAUUUUUACAUGCAAGUGAAGAUUAAAGCAGAAUAGAAUUGGCUAAAUGAGAAUGAUUAACAUCUGAAUUACAUAAACUAAAACACAUUGUGAAAUCUGCCCAUCCAUUCUCCUAAUUUCCCUUUAUGAUUGAGCCACUCUUUUUGCAUACCACAACACUUGUAUCUUAUUUUAAAUAACUUAUUUCAUUUUAGUAAUUUUUAUAGUCAGCCAUCUCUGAGUUGUUAAAAAUGAUUUAAGCUUUCAUUGCCAGCAGCAGUAGUUCACCAUUUACAUUACAGGAUUUCCUUAAUGAGUAGGACACUGCAGUCUAUGCUGAUGUUGUAAUUGCAAAGAGGAGCCGAAUUUGAAAUGUGAAGCACUUGAGGUUGAAUGCUGUUUAGAGGUAUGACCAUAGCCUGAAAAAUCAUUCAAAAGAAGCAUUAUGUCUCACUGAUUCUCUGAUUUAGCAUGAGCACAAAAGAAUUUCUGGCUUUGACUGCAGGCUUUGUUUGUCAUAUAUUUCAGUUUGUUAAUUGUACAAAAAUACAGUGGCGCAUCGCCGUGUAUUUUUUAUUUGCUGAAAUAAGCGACUGAACCUGGAAAUGUGACAGGUUGUGAGGGAACCUAAAAACCCAGAGUAAUAGGAACCCAUGAUAUUCGGAAAGUAGAUAAGUUUAAUAUGUUCUAAGGGCUAACCUCCAACACACCAUUCCACGACUGAACACCCUUCAAAGUGAAAGUGACAGGCACAGAAACUGACAGUUUAAGAAUCAGUCAGUUGUGGCGUACCUUCCUCUUCAUUGUUGAGGACUGCAGAAGCUACUACUCUUAAAGUGACCACUGGUGUUUGCUUUGCUUCUAACAUUGGCUUAACACUGUCAUUCAUGUUCAAGAAACAUUAUCAUAAUUCUACUUUUUCAUCUCUCUUUAUACAUAGUUUAAUGGAUUUGAUGGCCUGAAUAUUUUCAGCAGAAUAUGAAAACACAUGGUUGUGCAAGCCAUCCUACUGGGUAUUCAAAAAGUGGUUUUGUUGCCUUUUAUAUAAAUACCCUUGGAAUUAUAUGUGUACACAUAUAUAUAUAUAUGUGUGUGUAUGUGUAUAUAUGAUUGGAUGGUUGUAUGUAUGCCAUCAGUUUAAUGUUUCCUUUAUGUUGACUUAUUUUGAACAUAACCACUAAUGUAGCUUAUCUGUUUGUGAAUGCAAGACGUGAAGCUUACAUUUCACUUAAUUUUGUGUGUUAUUUGGAAAUGGCAAAUAAAGUGG